GAAUCAAAUUAGAUACAAAUUUAUAUCUCUUUCCAGUGAAUAUAAAUGUUAUAUUUAUCGAUGUUUAAUUUUACACACUUCACCAAUACAUACAAUGACAUGCAUAUAUACAUACAUACAUACUACUUACAAACAUACGUACAUAUAAACAUAAUGCAUAAAACAAGUUAAAAAAAAACAACACUACACCAUGAAAUCCUAUUCAUGUAAAAGGUAUACUGUAACAAAAUUAACUGUGAAGAAACUCUCUUUUUUUCAUUACUCAAUCUAAUAUACUGCACUAAUAUAUGUAUAUAUAUAUACACGUUCUAUUGAGAUUUAAUACCAUUUUGAAUAUAAUCACUAUUAAUGUUUAUUAAUAUCAUAAUACACAAUACAGUAAUCUUAUUAAUGAUACCUAUGGAUAGAUGGAUACGAACACAUGGUCAUGACAUAAAUACAAAUUGAAUUAUUCAUUUGAAUACAUACAUAUAAUUGAAUGAAUUAUUUGUACUACGGUGUUUAUUUGUUCUAAACCCAAUUCUCUUCAUUGUUGUUGUUGUUGUUGUUGUUGUUGUUGUUGUUGUUGUUGAUCUACUCUUCUAUUCUCUUUCUUUUCGAAGAAAGAAACAAACGACGGGAAAUCACACAGUAACUACUUUUAUAUACAUUAUCUACAUUAUAAAUAUUGAAACAUUAUUAUCACUUUGAUAUUACAUAAUUACUCAGUAUAAUUUUAUAGAACUACGACUAUUACUACUACCACUACUACUGAUAAUCACUUUAUAUGAUCAUUUCAAAUAAGUACAGUUUUUCUAGUUGUUUCUUUCUUGAUGAUUGUUUAACUUAAUCCCAUCAAUUUGUCAUUGGAUUUUCAUACGCUACAUUGUAAAACAUGAAAUAAAUGGAUAAGAGUAUAAACAUUGAUACUAUGGAAUGAGAAAUAAAUUGAAAGAUAUAAUGCAAAUGAUUAAACUUUAUAAUUUAUUUCUUUUAAUCAUUUUAUCAUAUAAUAUUUAUGGUCAAUAUAUAAAAACAUUACCGGAUCAUUUGAAUAGAUUCAAGUUUCCUGUUAGAUAUCUUUCAGAAAAACAUUAUUUACCAAAUAUACUAUCAUCAUCAUCCUCGUCGUCGUCGUCGUCGUCGCCAUCGUCAAAGGAAGGAGUGGUAGCAGUUCCAGCAGCUUCUGUAGCACAAUUAACUUCAUCAUCAUCUUCUCUAGUGUUUCCAUCUUUUAUACAAACAAAACUUCAACGUAAAUUUUCUGAUUUUCAUGAUAAAUUUUAUUUUGAUGAUGCUUCUAAUUCUUAUUCAUCAGAAAAUAAUCUUCCAUUGAAUAGUAAAACUGUUAGCAACAACUCAACUACUAUUACUACUACUACUAACAAUAAUAAUAAUAAGAUUAUUAUUGAUGAAAUCAAUGAUAAUUUACAAACUUCCUAUUUAUGGAAUAAAGAACAAGAAUUAAAUCCAUACAGACAACAAAUAGCUCAACGAUCACGUCUACUAAAUCAAUAUUCUGAUAUGAAAAGAACAAAAUUUAUGAAAUUGCCUACCUCUUCAUCAUCAUCAUCAUCUUUUCAACCGCUUACAAUAUACCCUUCAUCAGUUAUACAAAGUGCAUAUAAUAAAAGUUUAUCAAAUUAUGCUGAUCAUCAAAAUAAACAAUUAAGGCAUAAAACUCAAUUAAAAUGGCAAAAUCAACAAAAUCCAGUAAUUAAUUCAAUAAAAUUCAAUAAACAGAAUAAAAGUAAUACAGAAGAGAAAGUACCUCAAAUUAAAGGACGUUGGUGGUUAGAUACGAUAGCUAAACUUCUACAUUCACAUCCAUUAACUCUGUCCGGUAAUUCACGGAGUUUAUAUAAUCCAAUCAUUGAAAUUUAUGCUGAAAACAAUCAAUCACCAUCUAUUGCAAUGAAUGAAGAAACUAUGAUACCAUGGAAUAAUGUACCAGGAUUAAAUUAUCAAAAUGAAAGACAAAUUGUUCCGUAUGUGAACCAUGAAAUUCAUGCUGGCUCUAGUAACAAUAAUAAUAAUAAUCAAAACCAUCCCUCAGUUUAUGGAUGGAGACGACAGAUUUUCGAUCCUAUCUCACAUAAUACAGCAUGGAUAGAACAUCAUCUCAGACAACGUAUACAACGUUACAAACAAUGGUUAUCACCAAAACAAUGGAAACAAUUUUUAACAGAUGAUUCUACAACUAUUGGCAGUCGAAUGAAUGCACCGGCUAAAUUUAAUCUUGCUUUAUUUGAAGCUGCAGUGGUUGGUGUAAGACGUGCAGUAGCUGAAUGUCGUUAUCAGUUUAGGCAUGAAAGAUGGAAUUGUAGUCAAGUGCUUGAUGAUGAAACUGCUUUAUUUGGAAACAUUUUACUGAAAGGUAUACCACAAACUGCAUUUAUUUAUUCAAUUAUCAAUGCUGGAAUAGUUCAAUCUGUAGCUGAAGCAUGUUUAAAUCAAAUUGAUAAUUGUCCAUGUAAUAAUCGAGGUAGACAAGAACCAUUUUCAGAUUGGCAAUGGCAAGGAUGUGAUCAUAAUAUUCAUUAUGGUAGAAGAUUUUCACGACGUUUACUCGAUACAAUGGAACGUGGUUCACAUAUAAGAUUUGAAAUGAAUUUACAUAAUAAUGGUGUCGGUCGACAAUUAGUUAUUAAAAAUAUGGAACGUUAUUGUCGAUGCCAUGGAACAAGUGGAUCGUGUACCUUAAGAACCUGUUAUCGAAGAACACCACGAAUGAGAACACUUGGAACUUUGUUAAAACAUAUAUAUGAUCAUGAUUUAGUACAAGUUAAACUAGAUUCCAAUAGUCUGCGAUCGACCCGUAAUACUUACGAAGGUAAACAAGAGACCUCUUCCUCUACAUCAAAUCAUUUUAAACAUUCAUAUUUAGAUAAAGCUAUCAAAUUUAUACCUUAUCAGAAAAACAUGAAAAAACAAUUAACCCCAAUAUUAUCAUCUAUAUCCAAUGACUAUUAUGAUAGAAACGCUAAUAAUGUAAAGAAAACUCCCAAAAAAUCCAAUUUGAUUAUUAUAAGCCCAACAUCCAUGUUAAGUAAAUCCAAUGAACUAAUGAAUCAUUCAAUACAUCCACAUUUAUCCCAAUUAGUUUAUUAUGAAUUAAUAAAUGAGAAAUUGUUUUGUCAUUCAAAUUCAUUUUAUCAUAUAUUAGGUACAAAAGGUCGUUUAUGUAAUUCAUCUUCAAUUUAUAUGAAUAAUUGUCAUCAUUUAUGUUGUGGUCGGGGUUAUAUAACACAUCAUUAUUAUAUUAUGGAAUCAUGUCAUUGUAAAUUUAUAUGGUGUUGUCGUGUUGAAUGUCAACAAUGUUUAGUAUUAAAAAAAGUAGAAACGUGUAUUUAAUAUAAUUCAUUAUACUACUUAUAAUAACUUUCUACAUCUACUGUAGAUUCAGAAUUUAAGUAGUAUACAAUAACUUAGAUUAUGUCAUAAAUUUAAAAGAAGUAAAUAUGAAUUCAUGAAAUUUAUGUCUACCUCGAAAAUAUAAUUCACACUAUUCAAUUAUCAAUAUUUGUAGGUCAUUUUGAUAAAUUGUUUUUUGUUUUAAUUUGCUCUAUUUAAUAUAUACACAUAUCUUCAUUGUUAUUAUUAUGAUUACUCUAGUUUAUUAUUAAUGUAUUUGGCUUGUGUAUGCGGUAAAUCACUAAUCAUCAUUAUUCAUAAUUGAUCACUUUCAAUGAGAAUCAUAUGCAUAUAUUUCGUUGUGUUUUCUUUUGUAUUAAGCACCAUGAUUUAUUUGUCAUGCACAGUAUUAACUAAGAACUUUUCUUUCUUUUUUUAAUAUUAAAUAAAUAAUCGGCACACAUAUACACAUAUUUAUCAUG